AUCACUCUACAAACAAACAAACUACUACGACUCCAACCCCAUUCCUCUCUCUCUCUCUCCUCUGACAACAAAAACAGUAACAUCAUAUCGCCUCGAUCUCCUCUCUCUCUCUUUCUCUCUCUAAUUCAAUCCUGAGCCCACCGCGUCGCCCGUUACCAGAGCCGCUUGCUUGUUCGCUCGCCGCCCUUUAUAGCUCCUCCGAAGCGGAACCGCUUCCGCGUCGCGGCCGUAUCGCGAUCUGGAAUGCCGGUAUGGUGAGCAAUCGCGCCGUGGAGGAGCAAGAGGAAGAAGAAGAAGACGAAGAAGAGUACUACGAGUCCUUGGAUCGGAUCCUAUCCUCGUCCUGCUCCUCCACCUCCACCUCCGCCUCCGACGACGAUCUCUCCCGCCGUCCCUCUCCGGUGCCCUCCCUCGACGUUUGGACCUCCGCGCCGGCCUCCGUCGCCGAGCGCCGCCUCCUCCUCCUUCAGCGCCUCGGCCUCGCCGGCGACCCUUCCCUCGCCCACCUCGUCCGCCCCGGCUUCACACCGCCGCCGGCCCCCUCCGAUGCCCCUUCCACCUCCGCCGCCGGGAUGGUCCGAUCCAGAUCCGACGGCUCCGUGGACCCCUGCUCUGUGAACAGACCCAAUCCUCCGCACCGCCCGUACCACCACCAGCAUCAGAGAUCGCUCAAUCUGCCGGCAUCCCGCAAGCCGCCUCUCUUCUCGAGAUCUCGGCCCCUGUCCGCCGGGAAUUUUGAGGUCUCCGACGGCGACGGCAGCAGCGUCGGCGGCGGAGACCGCCGGGAGGACGGCGACGACGGCGCGGCGUGCGACGACCCCAGGUGCUUGAUCAGGAACCUCGACAACGGGAGGGAGUUCGUGGUGAAGGAAUUCGGGGAGGAUGGGAUGUGGAACAAGUUGAGGGAGGUCGGGACUGGGCGACAUCUCACGAUGGACGAGUUUGAGAUCUGCGUUGGUCGGUCGCCCAUCGUUCAAGAACUGAUGAGGCGGCAGAACGUGGAGGAGGCUGGGCAGCGUGGCGGUGGCCGAACCGAUGGGUUUUCCAAGGGAGGGACGCGCUGGAAGAGGAAAGGAAGCUGGCUCAGGAGCAUCAGGAAUGUGGCAGGGUCUGCAAUUGCUGGAGGGCAUCACCAGGACCGUCGGAGUAGCGACGAAAAGGAUACAUCCUCCGAGAAGGGAGGGAGAAGGUCGAGCUCUGCUACCGAUGAUAGCCAGGAUGGUUCGCAUGGUCUGGACCUUCGGGUCAAGGUCUGGCAGUAUGGAAAGUCCCACAAGGAGCUCACUGGUCUGUACAUGAGUCAAGCGAUUCAGGCACAUAAUGGUUCCAUCUGGAGCAUCAAGUUUAGCUUGGAUGGGCGGUACCUGGCUAGUGCCGGAGAGGACUGUGUCAUCCAUGUAUGGGAAGUUUCCGAGAUCCAUACAAAGGGGGAUUUGAUGAAAGUAGCUGAGGAGAAUGUGAACUUUAAACCAUUUGCUCUGGCGAUCAGUAAUUGUCCACUGGAUCCAAGAUCGGUGUUGUCCAGUGUUGAAGGGAGCCAUUGGGAUAAGAAGAGAAGAGCAAAAAUCCCUGUUGGUAGGAAGUCUGUUAGCUCAGACACUGUUAUGAUGCCAGAGCAUGUGUUAGUUUUAUCAGAAAAACCUGUAUGUUCUUUCAGAGGGCAUGUUGACGAUGUCCUUGAUCUCUCUUGGUCAAAAUCACAGUAUCUUCUUUCAUCUUCGAUGGACAAAACUGUUCGAUUGUGGCACAUGUCUAGCAAUUCCUGUUUAAAAACAUUCACACAUAGUGACUAUGUGACUUGCAUCCAGUUCAAUCCUAUUGAUGAUAGAUACUUCAUCAGUGGGUCCCUAGAUGAGAAGGUCCGCAUCUGGAGUAUUCCAGACCGUCAAAUUGUUGAUUGGAAUGAUUUGCAUGAGAUGGUCACUGCUGCUUGCUAUACUCCCGAUGGACAGGGUGCUCUAGUUGGUUCACACAAGGGAAGUUGCCACUUGUAUGAUACAUCUGACAAUAAGCUUCUCCAAAAAGGUCAUAUUGAUUUACAAAACAAGAAAAAGAAGUCCAGACACAAGAAAAUUACUGGAUUCCAGUUUGCUCCAGGGAGUUCAUCAAAGGUGCUAGUUACAUCUGCAGAUUCACGAGUCCGUGUAAUUGUUGAUGAUGAACUAGUCCACAAAUUUAAAGGGUUUCGCAAUACAAGCAGCCAAAUCUCAGCCUACUGGACUACCAAUGGCAAAUAUGUUAUCUGUGCCAGUGAGGACUCUCAUGUAUACGUAUGGAGAUAUGAUGAAGAUUCACGGCCUAGUCGAAGCAAACCUGCUGCGACUGUCACACAAUCUUAUGAGCAUUUCCACUGCCAAGGUGUGACAAUGGCUGUUCCUUGGCCAAGCUCUGGAAUGGGACUAAUGGUGAGAACCGACUCCAAUAAACAGACUGAGCUCAAUGGAGAAUCUCUGGCCAAUUCGCCACUGCUGGUCGAGGUCAACGGACUCCAUCUUUCACCUUCUCCUGGUUCUCAGAACAUUGGUUGCCAACAGAACAGCACUUCCAGUCCAAACUCCAAUCACUUCAAUGACAGGGUUUCAGCAACUUGGCCCGAAGAACUCAUGACCAAUAAGCAGAGCCCUCGAAGUAACAGUGACCUUUUCAACGGGUGCAUGCCGGUGCAAAGUACAUCGGCCUGGGGAUUGGUGAUAGUAACUGCAAGUCGAUGCGGUGAAAUCAGAACUUUUCAGAACUUUGGGUUUCAGUUUCAAACCUAAUUUCUCGCCCAUGGAAGAUGACAAGCUAUCAAAUGUUAGCAGGCUUGCGAUCAUCGUUACAAUCACUUCCCAGGUUGACGCUGCUUUAGUUUUGUGUACAGUUUGACGGAUAUGUGGUGGGAGUUGUAAGAUCUACAGGGACUCCAUUUCGUUCUCCCCCAGUCCAUUUGCGUGGUUAAUUUGCAAGAAAACCAGGCCAGCAACACAUGGUUCUCAGCAUUGCCAGAAUGCUGCUCAAAUGUACAAUAAAAUGGAAGCCAAAGAUGGUGAUGCAGGGGGCUGGUUGGUCGUAAUUGGUAUUUUUCUCUACUUUUUUUUUUUGGUUGGAUCAUUUCAAUUAUGUUCUUAAAAGAGGGUACGGUGUUGUAGUGUACCCGUCUCCCCCCCAUUGUUUUAUUCUGCUAUAUCUUGACGUAAGAAGAGAGAUUAAAUUUAAAUGCUGCAAGAGAGUCAUACAUGGUUUCUGCAA